GCUUCUCUGCCCCUUUCAGAUUGACAAAUACCUCUACCACAUGCGGCUCUCCGAUGAAACCCUGCAGGAUAUCUCGCAGCGCUUCCGAAAGGAGAUGGAGAAGGGUCUCGGCACAGACACCAACCCCACAGCGUCGGUGAAAAUGUUGCCCUCGUUUGUGAGAUCCACCCCAGACGGAACAGAGAAUGGAGACUUCUUGGCCUUGGAUCUCGGCGGCACAAACUUCCGUGUGCUGAGAGUGAAGGUGUCUGAUAACGGCCUGCGGAAGGUAGAAAUGGAGAAUCAGAUCUAUGCCAUACCAGAGGAACUCAUGCGUGGGAGCGGGGUACAGCUCUUUGAUCAUAUUGCCGAAUGCUUGGCCAACUUCCUGGAGAAACUGAACAUGAAGGACAAGAAACUGCCCCUUGGAUUCACUUUCUCUUUUCCUUGCCACCAAACCAAACUGGAUGAGAGUAUCCUCGUGACGUGGACGAAAGGGUUCAAAUCCAGCGGUGUGGAGGGGAAAGAUGUGGUCGGCAUGAUACGUAAAGCCAUCAAGAAACGAGGGGACUUCGACAUUGACGUGGUCGCUGUGGUGAACGACACCGUAGGGACAAUGAUGACCUGCGGCUUCGAUGAUCACAAUUGCGAAGUUGGGCUCAUUGUUGGUACUGGGACCAAUGCGUGCUACAUGGAGGAGAUGCGGCACAUUGACUUGGUGGAGGGGGACGAAGGGCGGAUGUGCAUAAACAUGGAGUGGGGCGCCUUCGGAGACGACGGCACGCUGAACGACAUCAGGACGGAGUUCGACCGUGAGAUUGACAUGGGUUCACUCAACCCGGGGAAGCAGCUGUUUGAGAAGAUGAUCAGUGGCAUGUACAUGGGGGAGCUGGUCAGACUCGUCCUGGUGAAGAUGGCCAAGGAAGAGCUCUUGUUUGGCGGGAGGCUUACCCCGGACUUGCUCAUCACGGGACACUUUGAGACCAAAUACGUGUCUGCUAUCGAAAAGGAGAAGGAAGGGCUACAAAAAGCCCACGAGGUCUUGUCCAAGCUUGGGCUGGAGCCGUCGGCAGAAGACUGCAUCGCCACCCAGCACAUCUGCCGGAUCGUCUCCACGCGCUCGGCCAACCUGUGCGCCGCCACGCUGGCCGCGGUGCUGCGCCGCAUCAAGGAGAACAAAGGCGUCGACCGGCUCCGCUCCACCGUCGGCGUGGACGGCUCCGUGUACAAGAAGCACCCCCAUUUUGCUCGACGCCUUCACAAGACGGUGCGGAAGCUGCUGCCAGACUGUGACAUCAGGUUUGUUCGGUCGGAAGACGGGAGCGGCAAAGGGGCGGCUAUGGUCACAGCGGUGGCCUACCGGCUGGCGGCCCAACAUAAAGCCCGGCAGAAGACCCUGGAAGCCCUGAAGCUGAGCCAUGAGCAGCUGCUGGCGGUGAAGGACAGGAUGAGGCUGGAGAUGGAGAGAGGGUUGUGCAAAGAAUCGCACCCGGACGCUACGGUGAAAAUGCUGCCCACUUACGUGUGCUCCACUCCGGAUGGAACAGAAAAAGGAGACUUCCUGGCUUUGGAUCUUGGGGGCACGAAUUUCCGUGUGCUGCUGGUGCGUGUGCGGAGCGGCAUUCGGCGUGGCGUUGAGAUGCACAAUAAGAUCUACUCCAUCCCGCAGGAGGUCAUGCAGGGGACAGGAGAGGAGCUGUUCGAUCACAUUGUCCACUGCAUUUCUGACUUCCUGGAAUACAUGGGAAUGAAGGGCGUGUCGCUUCCUCUGGGAUUCACCUUCUCUUUUCCUUGCCAACAGAAUAACCUUGAUGAGGGGAUCCUCCUGAAGUGGACGAAAGGGUUCAAAGCCACUGGCUGUGAAGGAGAAGAUGUGGUGAAUCUGCUGAAAGAAGCUAUCCACAGGAGAGAGGAGUUCGAUCUGGACGUGGUCGCCGUGGUCAAUGACACAGUCGGCACCAUGAUGACCUGUGGUUAUGAAGAUCCUUACUGUGAAGUCGGGCUCAUAGUGGGCACAGGCAGCAACGCCUGCUACAUGGAGGAGAUGAGGAACGUGGAGCUGGUGGAGGGUGAAGAGGGCAGAAUGUGCAUUAACAUGGAGUGGGGGGCAUUCGGGGACAGCGGCUGCUUGGACGAUAUCCGGACCGAGUUCGAUGUGGCGGUGGACGAGCUGUCUCUCAACUCUGGGAAGCAAAGGUUUGAGAAAAUGAUCAGCGGGAUGUACCUCGGGGAGAUUGUCCGGAACAUCCUGAUCAACUUCACCAAGCGGGGCCUGCUCUUCCGGGGGCGGAUCUCCGAAAGGCUGAAGACCAGGGGGAUAUUCGAGACAAAGUUCCUGUCUCAGAUUGAGAGCGAUUGCCUUGCCCUGCUCCAGGUCCGCUCCAUCCUCCAGCACCUGGGCCUGGAGAGCACCUGUGACGACAGCAUCAUUGUGAAAGAGGUGUGCACUGUGGUAGCCCGGCGUGCCGCUCAGCUCUGCGGCGCUGGCAUGGCAGCCGUGGUGGAUAAGAUCCGGGACAACCGCAAGCUGGACUUCCUGAAGGUCACCGUUGGUGUGGACGGGACACUCUACAAAUUGCACCCUCACUUCUCCUCCAUCAUGCACGAAACAGUGAAGCAGCUGUCCCCGAAGUGCGACGUGACCUUCCUCCCAUCAGAAGACGGCAGCGGCAAAGGGGCUGCGCUCAUCACGGCGGUGGCGUGCCGGAUUCGGGAGGCCGGGCAGCGAUAAGAGGGAGUGUCUGGAAGGCUUGGCUUUAACAGAGCAAACCAGCGCACCCCUUUUCACCCCUCCACACACCCUCCUGCUGCUCCUCACAAGCAGACUCUUAGCUUUACUUGGACCACUGAACCCUGGGAUGCUGUGCGUUCUACGUUCUUUUCUUAGGAGUUCUAGUGCAUGCCAUAAACCCACAUAUCAAGUAAAGCUAACAGUGUCGUUUGGCCGUGUAGCUACAUUUCCGGUCAAAGCCCUUCUAGUUCCACCGCAGCCUAUUUGAAAUACUACAUUUCCCUCCCCAGCGGUGUUUGUUCUGUAGUAGUAGAAGGAUAAUGCUAGAGCAAUUAAGACACUGCAUUGUCACUUUGCUAGCAAACAGUACUUCCUUGUAUAUGUCCAAGUCUUGGUAUCAUCACACUAGAGAGCAAAACCUCCUUUAAGAUUGGGUUAAAGGCUUCAGCUAGUCUUCUACCCUGAUCAAGGCUGUGUUAUUUCCAUGAAAGUCAUGGUCAUUCUCAAAAGCACAGGGUGCAGAAUUGAAACCAGUGCAUUUGAAUCUGUGCCGAAGGAUACAAAGUGUCCGUACCGAGCGGUGAGUAAUAUUAAAGUACCUGCUAGAACGAGUUAAAGUUGUUUCUUUAACGUGACCAGCAGAGCAUGUGCCUGGAAAUACCUGGGGAUUCAGGGUCUAGUCCCACUUUUUCCCCAGCUUCUUCAUCCCUAACUUAAAUGUUGUAGUUGUCUCGCAUAGCCAUAGUGCAUGCGUGCAUAGAAAACACCAUCACUUGAAUGGUUUAUCUUCCACAAACGUGUAAACACUGUGCCCUCACCUGAUGUGGUGCAUUUGGUUUUAUUUUUGUCUGUGAACUAACUCUGAAUCUUUAUUUGUAACCCCCCUCCCCCGUAUAGGUCCCAUCUGGAUUUAUGCACUGUAUUUAUGUAUCAAGAUAGCUGGUGUCUUUAUGUAUAUAGUCCCCGGAUGGGGAGUGGUUAUUCAUUAGCUUCCUUUAUGUGGCUUGAGAGAACAGCGCAGGAAGCUCGUUUGUUAUUAUUUAAAAUAACGUUCUGGGAGCAGAAGGGAAGGGUUGACACUUCUGAGGACAGAUGGGGAAGGGAGUGCCGUCAUUUCAGGUAUUAUAUAAUACCAGGAGUAUAAAAGCCAUGUAUUGAAUGCACCAAAAGAAAUAGCAGCGGGCAUGGAACAAAUUAAUUUAUUUGUGUAAGGGUGUGAUCUUGCGACUUCUGACUCGUGAGAAAUCACACCCCGUUGAGGCUAACACGGUCUUAAUGCUUCAUAGACUGAAGUCACUGGCAAAAUUCCCAUUGGCGUGAGCAGUGUAGGAGCAGGUUCACCGUUUACUCUCUGGAGUAAACCAGGAUUGGGCCUUCCCUGUUUCUUAUCUAAAGGACUCAACAUUGUAUUUUGCAAAUCUGUCCUAUUCUUAUCCCUUUGACAGCAACUGGAGUUUUACUAUUGAUUCAAACAGACGCGUUUCUUACAGGCCUCCGUCCCAGUCCCACAAACAGAGGCACGAGAUUGUGUUUUGCUUGGAAACAUGUGUGUUGAUAGCAGCACUCACAUGCUUCUAGUGUGUGUAGGGGCAGGAGCCCGGGUUACUAGUGGCAAAGAAAGAAAGGCAAUUUUUGUCAUGCAAAAUUUCAAAAUCCUUCUGGUUUUCCAAAUUGGCACCCCCAAAGCAAACAGAACUGUCCUCAUCACUCUGCUUUUCCUGAGAGUGAAACACUUCGCCAACAGAAAACUGUUCAGAUAAAUUAAAGUCUGCAACUUCUUGUUUCCAAAAUUAGCAAAUUCAUUCACAAAAUGUGUGUGUGGAGGAGGGCAUGGCAUAAAUGUUUUUGUAACUAGUUAACACAAGGCAACACAUGUCUGGUGGUCUACACAUAAAACCCUCAAACUGGCUGUCAGUUUGGAGGGCUAUAGAUUUGUGUGUGUGUAUUUUUGGGGUAUAUUUUUAUACUACUUGAGGUAAAUUCUUCACUGAAAAAAAAUCUACAUUCUAAUAGCACCAUUUUAAAGCACAUAGGGGGUGGGGAGGGGAGGGUCUUGGCAUUUUAAAUGCUUUUUUUAUAAGCCGCAAGAUUACAAUAUAAAAUAAAUGGGGGAAAAACAAAAUUUAUGUUUAGCAAUAAUGUAAGAGAAUCAUUCAGUUUAAUAGAAAUUUUAGAUGAAUUUAAAUCAAUUAACUUUUUUUUUGGUUAAAGCGCAAUAGAAAAUGGUCUAAUCCAAUACCAAGCAGUUGUGUGUGAUUCUUUUACUGGGAAGACUAGUAACUGCCUAUUAAUCAGAGCAUUUUGGCUUUGAUUCUAUCUUCCAUACAGUGGAGAAGGUUCUAGCUGGAGGGGAAUAUUUCUAAACUUGAAGAUAAGGGACUGUCCCUGAUGUACAAUCCACUAGUCGCUCAUUGUGAAUGAGUUCACUUUUGUCACAGAUGCUUUCUUCGCAGUCCGUGACGGGGGUAUGAAGCAAUCCCUUUUGGUAGCUGAUUUGGGGUCUGGUUCAGCAAAGCUCUUGGACACAUGAUGCAAGGGCUAUAAGCACAUGCUUAAAGUUAAAUGCAUGCUUAAGUGCUCUGCUGAUUCAGGGGCUCGGCAGCGUUGGUUUUCCCCCUUUCCUUGCAGUGUAGUGGGCCGCGACUGUGCUAAGUGUGUGUUAGUGCCACGCUGGCUCUGGGCGUUAAUGAUCCCGUUGGAGCUAGUGGCCUUGUCAGUCGUGUGAGCAAUAAUACAAGGUGCUCACAUCCCUCUCUGAGCUUUCUUGCCUGGGCAAGCGAGUAUUUGUGCAGCUGGUGGGAUUUCUUCCCGGGUAGGCUCUGAGCUUUGCAGAGAGGUGGGAGCAAAGCAUUUCCAUCUGGGAAAUCUUAUUUUAAAAUCUCCAAGCUGUGGGAGGCCGAGCCAGACUUUCUCGAGGUUGGAAUGCCCAUCUGCUUGCCCAGUUACAGAGCAAUGGGUUGGGAAGGCCGUCUGCAAACUUCCCCAAACUUGGGAUCUGGUGUUGAUGGUUUAGGGCAGGGGUGGCCAACCCACGGCUUGUGAGCUGCAUGAGGCUCUUCAUUGCAGAAAGUGCGGCUCACAAAGCCACCCCUGUGCCCCUACAGAGGGACCCCGGUUCCCUGUGCUCACCGGGUGCAGGGGAGCCGUCCCAUGCAGCGAAGCAAAAUGGUGCUGGCAAGAUGCCGUUGACUGACGGGAGCCAGAUAUGGCCAAAAAACAAACAAACUGGAAUUUUCAUUUAAAGGAACAGCGACCUUUUUUUAACUAACUUUUUUUCCCCUUGGUUCUUUGCGCUAUGUCCACCACUAUUUUGGCUCUUUGCCUGUGACGGGUUGGCCACCCCUGGUUUAGGACCCGUCUUUCUUAAAAACACUGCCUGUUUAUACCUUCUUGUACAGCUUCUUUGGGAUGCACUUGAAUUUAGCUGUCCACUUGGACUCAGAUGCAAACCUGAUUCUAACUUGUUCACAUAAAAGAAAAAUUAUACUUGAAACAUACAGAUCAUCUCCAGACCAUGUAACUGCAAAUCUGCCUUUGGCAUGUGGCUUAGUUGCACCUAUUCAGAAUGUUUUCUGUUUGCUUUAAGAGUAUAGUGUGUAUACCUUUCUGUAUCGAAAGAGAAAGCAUCGGUGCAUGUAGAAAGCUGCUGUCUUACCAUUACUUCCAGCUUAGGAGCUAGGAGAACCUGAUUAAGAAUUUAUAGCUGAUGGCAGGUUUUUCAGGGGGUCGUUGUUCUUGGUUCAGAAGCUGGCUGGUGUGAAAUGGAACUCAGACCUAUAACAAAGCAGGAUUGUAACUUCUAAACCAGAAAUUACAAUGGGAUGUUAUUUUUAACGUGUGUCAAAAUGAGAACGGCAGAUCAGAUCAUGUAGACAGGCAUUGAUUCUCAACACUGCUCUCUUUCCUCCAGGAAGAAAAUGUUGUGAUGCGUUUCAGGAUGGGUUUUUCUGUUCCCUUUAAGAUGUAUGUUCUUUGUACUCUUUGAAGUAAAGUUUAUUCACUUGGCUGGUACCUUGGAUGAAAUUUGUAUUUGGCAAACUUUUAAAAUGUUGUGCGUGGUAGGGAAAACCGUAACACACACAUCUAACCUAGAUGCAAAUUAUUGUGAAAUUUGCCUUUAAGUAACUUAAUGUUCCCUCUAAUUGUUUCCAUCCACGUACAGAUUCUUUUCCAUCCAUGUGUGGAAUAAUUUUUUGUGUGUACCGAGGCAUGUGCAAGUGUGCAACACCAGUAGAAAUGAAAACCUCACUGAGGGUGCUCUGCUAAUCAGCUGGGCAGUAUUUAUAUCUUUCCUGAGUGGCUGCACAAGUACACAGCUUACUGGGGACACAGCUGAUGUCCAAUAAGUCACUAACUGGUAAUAAAACAUUUGAGAAGCAAACCAGUCCAGUGGAUAAUAGGACUCAGAAGACCUGGGUUCUUGUCCCAGUUCAAUCACUGAUUCUUUGCAUAAGCUUCUCUCAAGACAUACUGAAUACCUCCACAACCCCAACUGGACUCAGCUGGCUUUGUGGAUGUUCAACCCCUUCAAAAAUUAGGUACUUAAAAAAAAAAAAAAAAAAA